ACCCACUCGUGCAAUCGAAGGCUGGACGCACCCCGCUGGAGUUUGCCGUGCAGCAUGGCCGUCACAAGGUGGAGUCCUGGCUGGUUAAAAAUUGCAGCGGUGUUGUGAGAAGGAAGACUCUGCGUGUGUAGCAAGUGAGGGCGUGGCGUGGCGAGCAUGAACACCACCACAACAAAGUCUUGUCCAUGCUGGUGGAGGGCAACGAGGCAGACAUGGCCAACAUCCCCGAGGUUUGUGAUGGUCACACGCUGAGCCAGGAUGGCCUGACGCCUCUCCACGCCGCGGCGCUGUGCGGGGCUCCCAGUGCUGCUGUGGAGGCUUUGCUGCGACGCGACGUGAGCCCUCAUGUGACCACCCCUGACAACAUGACCCCCGCUGACCUGGCACGGCAGCAAGGCCAAGACUCAGUGAUUAAGGGACUACAGCGCCACCACUGUGUACAGAGCUGCCUGCCUCCAGAUGAUUCUUGCCACCACGCCUGUGCCUCCCCACACCUGAGGCUGGCUGCUGCUGCUGCUGCUGCUGCUGCUGUUGACGCCGCUGCCGGCCGCUCAUGCUGCUGCCCGGCCUCACGACCUCCACCGCAGCACCACUCCCGCCAGCACACGCCGCUUCCAGUCCUGCAGGGACCCUCGGGGAGGCCAGACAGCCGUCAGUGCCAGGCAAGGCGGCGGCCUGGAUGCUGGCCUGGUCUAUGGAGCAGGGAAGAGUGGCGGCCAUUACAAACUGUACCCACGUCUCAGAAAGAGCCAUUUCUGCAAGCACUGACCAAUGUGAUGCCGUCUUUGUCACUUGUGGGACGGGUCAAGUCACAAACCCUUCAGUAAUUGUCAACUACACACACACACACACACAC